AAAUCAAAACUGAAGGAAAAUCUCAGAUGGGCAGGAGAGUCCCAGAGAAGAGGAUUAACUCUUGUUCCAAACAGCAUCCCACCAUGUUAACCUCUGGUGCUCUCUUCCUUCUCCUGGCUGUGCUGUCCCAGAGUUGGCUGACGACGAAAGCUGCAGAUCCCAAUUGUUCCAGUGUGGCUGACCUUGAUGAUUGUCCAGGCAGUGCAAGUGAUUUCUGCCCAGAAGGAGUUGCCUGUGGUUGUAAAGAUCAAAUUCCCUUUUGCAAGUGCCCUUCCUACCAAAAUGGCUGGAAAAAUUACUGGUACAUGGGUGCCAAAUGUGAGGAGCUUUGGAGCACUUUGGACUUGAUUUUAGUCGUGGUUUUCCCCGCAGUGGCUUUAUCUUUUGCAGCUGCUGUCACAACACAGUGGGUCCGGUAUUGCAAGGACAAGCCAGAGAAAGAAGCCAAGCGAAGCCGUACUCAGGCAAGGCAGCUGAGACCUGAACCACAAGGUAAUUCAGAAUAUGCUCCUAAACUGGCUGGUAGGUUGAGAUCUGCCUCUUAUUCACAAGGAAGACAGGAUGAUGAUAUUAAAUUUCCCAGUUACCCUCUCCAAAGUUACCCUCAUGAACAAAUACAGUCACCAUAUACUGGAGGCUACAGGCAGAUGCCUCACCAGCCAUUGAGAAGAGCUGUUCCAAACCAAGAUGAUGUUUUUGUGGGUCGGUCUUCUCAUGUUGGCGAGCUUCACUCUUGGGAGAGUGAGGUGCCUGAUGUGGAUUAUGAGGAUAUAAACCCAUUUUCUGCUAUGCCCAUGCAACGAUUUCCUAGACCCGGGGCAUCAGUGGUUCCUCGACCUGAGUACCAGAAGUAUGGCCAUCAACCAAUGAAUUACCUGAAUGGUCAAAGAUCUGGAAGGCCCUAUGGGAUUGGGCACCAACAAGAUAGAUACACCUAGGAACUUUUAAUAAAUAUGGAAAACACGUGCAACUGCAGAAUCGUCCUCCAUUGUUUGGUGCAGCCUUUUAUGGGUGCUCUCUUACCUCUAACUUACUCCUUGAGGGCUUUAUCGCAAGCCACACCCAAUGAUUGCAUACCUAUCAAAACGCAGCAAAUCUUUAAUCAGCCCAGCCAUUAAAAUGAGAAAUCUAUUCGGGCAGCAUCUUCCUUAUUUAAUAAAUGAACCUACCAAUCCACCUCUUCCUGUCCAAAGCCUCUUAUGUUCUGCUCUCUAGCAUGUUGUUCUAGCAAUAAUGAAAGGGAAUUGGCCGACAUACAAAGUAUUGUUAAACGAGGAAGAAAAUCAGCUGAAGUUAAAUAUUUUGAAGAAAUUAAGGUAUACCGUGUUUCUCAUAUUAUAAGACAUGUCUUAUAUUUAUUUUUUCCUCAAAAACACACACUAUGGCUUAUUUUCAAGGGAUGUCUUAUUUUUUUCCUCCUCCUCCUGCCAUGGCCAGCAUUGCUGCUGCGCCUAUCACUAUGUCUUAUUUUCGGGGUAUGGCUUAUAUUCCUUGAAUGCUUAAAAAUCCUGCUAUGGCUUAUUUUAUGGGUAUGUCUUAAAAUAUGAGAAACAGGGUACGUGUCAGAUUGGUUGCAAUAUCGCCAACUCCAUGAGACAUUUAAACUAGGUUGUGGGACAUUGAGAGACAGGAUCUUAUAGCGGCAGCAGGCACAACAUGUUCCCCCCUUCUUUUCCACCUCCUGUGGGCUCAUGAAACAAAACCUAACUAUCUUGACUUCCUACUGAACCCACAAGAAAGAAGGGCAUUUUCGUUGGCCAGGUUCAAUGCAAAUCCAUCGAACCUCCUGUGGGGAAGAUUCUCGGGCAGGGCGAAGGAUGAGAGGAUCUGUCCGUGUCAUGACCCUCAGGUGGAAAGCCUUCCACAUAUGGUUUUUCAUUGUAACCUUUACGUCGACCUUCGUCAACGGUUCCUGGACCGGCUCUGCAUUCCCAGAGGGAGACCAGAGCGGGAAAUCUUGCGGUUCCUCUUGCUGGGGAAGGACCCGGUCCUCACCGAGAUGGUGGCUCAAUAUCUUAAUUUACUAUUUUCUCGGCGUUGUACUCUGCAGUCGUCUGAGUCGCCAGGAGCCCCAUUGUCGUGAAAGCGGAUGGCGGAUUAUUCCCUUCCCUCUCUUGGCACAGCGUUUGCCACAGUGACAGUUUUAAUCUAUUAUUUUGUAUGCGAAUUUGUUUGAUGCCAAUAAAGGUUUUACUUACUUAACUUGAUAAAUGAAAUAGCUUCACAACACAGAGCCCUCCAGAUUGGAAAGGGAACUGAUUAAAUCAAAAGGAAAAACCCUCUCUAAAAUGUAUAGACUCCUCCUUGACUUCCCAGAUUUUACCCAGAGGUAAAAUCAGUAAUGGUUAAAUGGGCUCAAGAUUUUGGUUACAACAUCCCAAUGGACGUUUGGGAAAGACUAUGGAAGAUGGAUAUGAAGUUCACCGUGUGUUAUGUGUUGAAAGAAAACUUUAUGAAAAUGCAAUUCCGCUGGUAAUUAAAGCCAUCAAAACGAUCUAAAAUGUAUAAAAAAUACCUCAAGUAAAUGUUGGAGAUGUGGGGAAGCAGAAGGUACAAUGCUACAUAUGUGAUGGAAGUAAGAAAAUAAAGGAAUUUGGGGAGGUAAUCCAUAAUGAGCUCAAAAAGAUGUUUAAGACCUCUUUUAUUUUUUUUAAAAAAAGCUGGAAGCUUUCCUCCUGGGGAUACUAGGUUCAGACAUACCUUUAAAAAGUGAGAAAAAAUUUAUUGUGCGCUAUGGUAGCUGCAAGAAUAUUAAUUGCUUCAAAUUGGAAAGGGGACACAAUUCCGACCAAACUGGAGUGGCAAAGCAAAUUGCUAGAAUACGCUGAGCUGGCAAAAAUUACAGCGAAAUUGAGAGGACAUGCUGAAUAAACAUUGAUUAAAGAAUGGGACAUGUACAAAAUAUACCUUAAGGAACAUAGUAUAGUAAUAAUAUGAUAUCAGUGGCAGGCCUUGAAUGACUUCUGUGGUAAAAUGGAAACUUAUAGGAUAAUAAGUCAUUAAUGAAAAUCAAUAAAGGAAAACGGAAAGUGCACUCAAAAAAAUAGGCAGUAGAUGCAUGAUGGAGUGAUUAGAGAUGUAAGAAGAAUUUAAUGUGAUUUUAUAUAAGGUUUUCUAUUGUUAUUUUUGAAUGAAUUUUGUGUUUGUUUUUUAAUUUCAGUAAAGCAUUAUAUAUUUUUUUAAAAAUCUCACUGAGUUCAAUGGGAUGCACUCCCAAUAAAGUGUGCACUGGAUUGCAUCUUUAAUUCCAGAAGUACUAUUGUUGUCGACUGUCAUUUAUCUUGUGAGUUCAAAAGGCCUAUAAAAAUCUAAAAUUAUCCAAGUGCCAACCUUUGCGUACAUUUCAUAGAAAAUAUUUUGUUCACUAGAUAAACUGGUUGAGAAAGAAUGGUGGAGCACUUCCUGUUUUGCAGCUUUUUUUCUGUGGGGGGACGCAGGGGGGUGCAUACCCCUAAACAUUUUGUGAAUCUAAAUUUGGCCUUGUUGAGGGGCAGUAUUUCAAUAUGAGUAGGAAAAUGAGAGUACCCCUAAACAUUUUCGAAAAAAGCACUGGGUAAGGGUCAUGUCUCCCCUAAAGUUUCAAGGGUAUCAAUGGUCGUUCGUUAAUGCUUUUUUGUGUGUGAGAGCGGGGAUGGAAAUCCCCAUCUCCCAGACGAAAAGGUAAGGGCGCUGGGCUCAAUUGCUCCGUCCAAGGACAGCCCUAGCAAGCUUUGUGUGGAGUACCUUUGAAUUUUGACAUAAUUGGCAAAUGAAGAGGCAACCCGCUAAAAAGAUCCUGAUUUAUGCUGGAGGAGAAAAUUAUCUGUUUGGGAAGGUUUGGAAAGAAUGAAAGGUGCUAAUUUCUGCUUUGCUUGAAUGGUGUAAGGAGGGGAAGGGAGGUCAAUGCUGUAAGUCAUGGGUUUGGGGGGAUCUGAGUUAUCUACCCUCCCCUAAAGCAAUGGAAUGCAAAGUUUUUGGGAAGAGUGGACUUUAAAGAUACCUCUUUGCAUUGGAUUUAUUUUAUAACGAAGGACUUUGUCUGAAAGAAGAAGGAGAGUGACAACCCUGAGGGACUUUUGAGGGAUUUUGACCAUCCCUUGGAACUUUGUAUUGUGAAAUAAAAAUUCAGUGGUACCUUGGUUUAAGAACAGCUUAGUUUAUGAACGACUUGGAUUAAGAAGGCUGCAGAUCCGGAAGUAGGUGUUUCGGUUUGUGAACUUUGCCUUGGACGCAGAACAUGUUGAGUGUGUUCCAUUAUAAAUUGAGUCCCCCACUGCUAUGGGAAAGCACACCUUGGUUUAAGAACACUUUGGUUUAAGAACGGACUUCCAGAACGGAUUAAGUUCGUAAACCAAGGUACCACUGUAGUAAAGAAUAAAAGAUUGGUAACAACUGGAUUGAUUGUCUCUUAAGCACUCAAAAGAGAAUAAACUGUGGAGUUGGAUGUAAUGGAACUGAGGAUUGGCAGGAUGGACUGCAGGAAAAUUAAUUAGUUGGGGAGGGGGAGGAUGGAGAGGAGAUAGGGAUUUUGUUGAGAUUACAUCAGCCUCCCUCCUUGAAGCUUGAAGUUGGAAAUAAGAACAGUGAACAGGCCAGAAUGGACCACAGUGUAAUGACGGCUUCUGAGACUUUCAGACAGAAAGGAAGAGAUAUGGAUUGUGUUUAUUUGUUAAUGAACUGGUUGUAUGUAAAAUUGAGGAUUAAAU